CCCCGCCCCUCCAGUACUGAAAACGGGGCUGUGCACCUCUGCUACUAAGCUAGCAUCAGACGUUGUUGACACAGAGAGGAGCCGAGAUCAACACAGCAACCAUGAAGUCGGUUCGGUUUAUAAUGCAAAACGCUGCUUUAGCCAGCCUGCCCAAACACAUCGAUCAUUUCUCCAAGUUUUCUCCUUCGCCGCUUUCCAUGAAGCAAUUCAUCGAUUUCGGGUCCAUCAAUGCCUGUGAAAAGACAUCCUUUGUCUUUUUGAGGCAGGAACUGCCUGUGAGACUCUCAAACAUCAUGAAGGAAAUCAACCUUCUGCCUGACAAGCUGCUCACCACCCCUUCAGUGCAAAUGGUGCAGAGAUGGUACAUUCAGAGUCUGAUGGAGAUCCUUGAAUUCCUGGAUAAGAACCCUGAUGACCAACAGAUCCUUGGAGAUUUUGCAGACGCACUGGUUACCAUUCGAAACAGACACAACGACGUGGUGCCGACCAUGGCUCAGGGGGUCAUGGAAUACAAAGAGGUCUUUCCCCAGGAUGUGGUCACCAAUCAAAACAUCCAGUACUUCUUGGACCGGUUCUACAUGAGCCGCAUCUCUAUUCGAAUGCUCAUCAACCAGCACACCCUUGUUUUUAACGGCACCACAAACCCUGCCCACCCCACCACCAUUGGGAGCAUCGAGCCUCACUGCCAAGUCGGAGAAGUGGUGCAAGAUGCCUUCCAUAGUGCCAAGAUGCUGUGUGACCAGUAUUACCUCCGCUCUCCUGAUCUUCUGCUUCAAGAAAUGAACCACAAGAAGACGAGUCAUCCGAUAUCUAUUGUAUACGUUCCCUCUCACCUGUAUCACAUGCUAUUUGAGCUUUUCAAGAAUGCUAUGAGAGCUACAAUAGAGACUCAUGAGAACAAGAACAACCUCCCACCCAUUAAAGCCUUGGUGUCUCUGGGCGGCGAGGACAUGUCUAUCAAGGUGAGCGACGUUGGCGGCGGAGUCCCAUUCCGGAAAAUCGAGAACCUUUUCAGCUACAUGUACUCCACGGCUCCGACUCCACAGAUAGGAGAGCACACACGGACGCCACUAGCUGGCUUUGGUUACGGUCUUCCCAUUUCUCGCCUCUAUGCAAAAUACUUCCAAGGGGACCUGCAGCUUUAUUCAAUGGAAGGCUACGGCACAGACGCUGUCAUCUACUUGAAGGCGCUGUCUACAGACUCCGUUGAAAGGCUGCCAGUGUACAACAAAACUGCCCUGAAGAACUAUAAAAUCUGCCAGGAAGCUGAUGACUGGUGUGUCCCCAGCAAAGAACCCUUAGAUCUACGCAAAUACAGAGUGGCUUAGUUAGGUUGCAGUCCAGGUGGUGCUUCAACACGACUUACAGUGGAGCCUCCAGAGUAUGUCUCCCAUAUUCCCAUCACCCCAUCAUCUGCCGAGGCAGAUGAGCACCGGACCUUCCCAGACCUGGAUAACUCUUUCAAGACCAGCCUGUUUUUAGCAUCAGCAUGUUGUUUUCAGCUUCUGUCAUCCCUUUGGGGGUUUUGUUAUAGACGGCUACAAACAGGAUAUUUGGUGGUGCUGCGUCAAACGGGGAUUGAUUGAGGUCCUACAAAUUGGAGUUGGGUGCAGAGUAGCGAAGGCGGCGCCCGGCCCGUCGCAGGUCAGCGAAAGUGGAACGAGGAGAAGAGGAAGUCAUCUAAACAUUAUUGAAAACGAUGACUUUGGCAAACAGGGAAAACCUGUUGAUCAUGUCUGAACCACAAGAACUGUUCUUUGCGUCUUGUACCAGUACUGUAACGCUGCUGGCUCUGUAGAUCUGAACAAAUGUAAGCCUCUGCGUGCUUUAUGCAUGAAUACGUGUGCAGGCUUCUUUUCAUUUAUGCCUUCAAAACAAGGAUCCUUGUCUUUGCACCAAUUUUUUGGACCAGACCAAAUGUAGUCUAUUCAUUUGUAGCAAAUACGAGUACUUUACAGGGGAACGUGCCGCUCCAGAGGGCCCACUUUCUUUGUAGCAUUGCAACCAGCCGCAAGAGUGUUUAGCAGCCUCCUGUAGAGACGGCUUCAGCAUAUGACAGUGUUGGUGAAGCACCAAAGGGUGCCACGUUUGAGUUUUUCUUCCAGUUUGUGAUUCAUGAAGGCCAGUUUCUGAGUUUUUUCCUAUACUGUGCCAAAUGUGGGAAAGGAAAUGUCCUGGGGCCAGUUCAUGUGUGUUUAUAUUGUAUUUAUCUGAAUUAUAAACAUUGAAAAAUGUUAUUUUUAUAGCUGCACUUUUUUGUGACUAAAACGGUGGUCUAUACUGUAAAUAAAGAGAUCUAUCUGAUAC